AUGUUGCUCCAAACAUCGUUGUUCCUACUCCUACCAUUAACAAUAUGCAUAACGUCGGAAGAAGCUGGGGAACUCACGAUUGAUGAUAAAACAUUUAGAGAACUUGAAGGUUUUCACACCUUUGCUAUGUCAAUUUUGAAUGAAGAACGGAAUGACGAACGUGAUCGGUUGAUAACGAAGAUGGACAAGGAGGAGGAGGACCUGGAACCAAGUGUAAUAUACUAUGACUACAGGAAAUAUGCCGAAAUUUACAGGAAGUAUCAGAAGGAUGGUGAAGGACAAGGUAAAAUAUUUGCAGAAAGUAGUAGGGUUUCUACAAUAAAUGGUAAAAUAUCGACUGCAGAAGCUAAGAAUCGACAAAAACGGGCUUCAGAAGGUUUGAAAAUCAACAAAAUUAAAGGAUCAAACCACAAUAUUGAUAUAAAGAAUAUAAACUCAUCUACAGCUAACAAAAGUCUGGCAAAAUCACGUCUACCAGCCUUACCAUCCACUAUCCCUCUUCGAGUACGAUGCCUAUUAACUUUGGACUAUGGAAUCAAUGAAAACAUCAAAGCAUACAUCAAUUCUGACCAUGUUUUUGACAGAAUUCGUACCAUAGCUGGUAGUGACUUGCCAAUUUCAUGGAUGCCCCCACCAACGAUUGCUGAUGAAUCUCCAGAAGCUCGAGAAUACAUCAUGAACAAGUUCACUCAAGUUUUUGCUCAAAAACUUCGAGAACAAAGAAAAAACUCGGAAGUGGUACCAGUGACAAAGUAUGACUAUGUCAUUCCAGCUGAUAUCAGAGAAAAGUUGGUGAAAGACCCAAGUUUCUCGCCAGAAGUGUACCAGCUUCUAAACUACGAUCAUCAAUUUACUGAGCAAGUUGAAAAGACAUUAAAGAUGGUUCGAGAACGUAAUACUGAUAUUGAGGUUGUUGAUCUUACUAAAGAGUCGGAGGAGAUGCUUCGACGUCGUGCUAUGCCUAAAUGGAAGCCAAAGGCUAGGGUUGAGGCUGGUGUUGAACAUCAAGUUAGUCAGGAUGAGGUGACGGAAAUGUUCAAGGAAAGACUGAGCAAAUUGAGAGAGGAACAGAACAAAUUGGGAGAUGACAGGGCUAAACGUGAGCUUUUUGACAAAAAAAUUUUUUAUAGGAUAAAAAUGGCAAUAACUUUCUUUAUAAAACAAAAAAUGGCAAGAACUUCCUUUACAGGACAAACAAUUACAAAAACUUACUUUACAAAACAAAAUAUGACAAAAACUUUCUCUACAAAGUUACUUUCAGAAUCCAACCCUCAAAACUUUGUUUCCAACAUAAAAGAAGAAGAUAUCACGGCCAACCAUCGUUCCAAAGUUCGUGUUCAACGUUCGGCCGAAACUUUGUUUCCAACCAUAAACUACAAAAAGCUUUCCGACACUAUUCUACGUUUUAAACGCUACCCUACAUUAAGAUCGAAAAGUGAAAUUAAAAUUAAUAGUCGAGCUCGUCGUCAUGAAAUCAGCAAGCAUCGUGGAGAUAUUGUAGAAGAAGAGGUUCAUGAAGGGAACCCAGUUGAUAUGGGCCGAAUCACAGAAACUCCUCUUCAUAAUGAGAACGUUCAUAACAGUGGUGAUGAUACUGCCAUCAACACUGAUAAACAUAACAUUCAGCCAAGAUCAGUAGAUGAUAACCUAGUACAAGAGGACUUUUUCAAUAUUAACAUCCAACAAGAUGAUGAAACGUUGCGUACAAAACGUGGAUUGUUCCGUACAAAACGUGAAGCAGACGCUCCAAGAAGCUCAUCCUCAAAGGAAAUGCCUCCAAUCGACCCACGUGAAGUCCUAGUCUCUCCAGAAUAUCAACAAGCACAAGAAGAAUUCUAUUCUCAAGAAGAAAUUCUUAUCAAACAGAUCAUUCAGGAGCUGGGAUUAUCUGAAGAUGAGGUUGUUGACAUUGACAAUGAUCCGAAGGAGAAGCCAGAAGCUUUGCCGGACGUUAAAAGGCUGUUCAACAUUGAAGAUCCGGUCGAUUUCCCGUUAAGACCGACCAGAAAAGAGUUGGAAGAAGAGAUGUUGAGAAAAGAAAUUUUACAAGACUUUUAUGAUAAGGUAGAUGCCAAGAUGAGGAUUGAUUUCACAGCCAGAAUGCAACAAAAACGUCUAAAAUAUCUGGAAGAUCAGUUGGCUUUGAUCAAGGAGAGAAAGAAGGUUCAGAGUGUAGCCGAUAUUCUGAAUUUGCCUGACACUGUGGCACUAGUGUAUCGGUCGAAUAAUAGCACUGAAACUGUUGUUGGUGGUCCGAAUUUGGUCGGUGACAAAGCUAUGGAGGUAGAAGAUGAUAAAGUUGGUGAAGUAGAAAAUGAAGAAAGAGAAGAUAAAGUGGAAAAAGUAGAAACCAAAGAAGAACAAAAAGACAAAGAAGAAGAAAUAAUGAAUGAAGUAGAACAAAAAGAAGUUAAACCUGAAGAAAAAGCUAAUGAAAACGACUUUAAAGUUAACCCAUUAGCUACUAAAACUAACCCUGAAGCUCAAACAACCAAUGGACCAGCUAAUGUAGUCCAAGACAAAGAGACUUUGAUCCUUAGCCAAACCAAAGAAUCUACAACAGCAGCCCCUGUGACUGUAGCAACGGAUGAAAAUACUGAAGACAACUUUGAUACGACUCAAAAUAACUUCGAACUCAAUAAAAACAACAUUGAAAUCAAUAAAAUUGAUAAAAUAAAAGCUCAAAAUGAUGACAAACAAGAAGAAAAUUCAAUAACAGAGGCGAAUGCAGCUACAACAGAAAAGAUAUUAACUGUGGAACAUGCUGGAGAUGAUCAACAAGCUCAUCAAGGUGAAGAAAAUAUCGAUUUUCCUAAAGGUUUUGGGAUGGAAAGUUCAAAAAUGAGGUUACAAAGCCUUCAGAAUGCAGAAGGAGCUACACAAAGCCUAGCUACACAAAAUGCUCAAGACUUACUAGAAGCUACACAAAAGAUUCAAGUUCCAGAAGCUACCCAGAACAUUCAAAAACAAUCUUCAAACGACACGUCCGAACCACUAGAUAUUACUCUGCCUGAGCUGCCAGAAAUCCCAAUAGCUGAGACUAGAGAAAUGAAGGAACUGCUCGAGGAGGUUCCACUUGACAAUCAAAUUGACAUAGCCUCAUCGAUUGAUGACAGUAUCAGUAAUAUCAUCGAUGAUGAAGAAGAGGCUACAAUCGGAACGACGAAGACUAGUUUUGAUGGAGGAAAUGCUACUAAAAGUAGUGAGAAUGCUACUGUAACUUUUGCUUCUGAAGUUCAAAUUGAUAGUGAAGAAGGUGUCGAAAAGGUGGAAGUGGCAACUGAUGAUGGUGGUAUCACUGAAAGUGUGGUUUUGGUGGAUGAAAAUGAUCCUAGUAGGUUUUGAGUUACAUUGUAAUAUGCAGUCUGGUAGGGUAGAGUAGGAUAGAACAGUUUAGGGUAGGGUAAUAUAUGGCUAAAAAACAAUUUUCAAUAACUUCAGAUGCCUGCAAUCCCAAGCUGGACAUCGUAUUUGUCCUCGACACCUCAGGAACACACGAAAAAGCCUACCGUGAGCACGUACAUUGGGCUGUAGCCUUAGUAAACUCACUACCAUUAGAGCCAGAUACCGUACGGAUCGCCGCCGUACAGUACGCCAACUUCCCACUAACCGAGUUUGCCUUAGGCACCUAUCCCUCAGCCAAUGACAUUAAAGAACAUUUGAAUCAAAUGAAUGCCACAGAAGGCCAAGCUCACACCGGCUACGCGCUUCGCAAGGCCGAGAAUGAGCUGUUCAGGCAGGAUAGAGCCAGAUCGAAUGCAUCGAAAGUUAUCGUGCUAUUCACUGAUGGAGAGUCGGUAGACGAUCCAGCCAAGCCAGCCAAACAGCUGAGAGAACAUAAGAAUGUGAGGAUCUACGUGGCUAGUGCUACUGAACCGGCUUCGGAGUUGAUGCUGGAAAAGAUCGCUGGCAGUGAGGAUAAUGUGUUUGGGUAGGUGGAAGGCUUGUUUUUUGGGGUUUUAAGCUUGGAAAUUCAGUUUAGGUAACAAAAAUGAAAAAAAAUGAAUUUUAGGUAACAAAAAUAAAAAAAAACGAAUUUUAGGUAACAAUAAUAAAAAAAUCUGACUGUUAGAUAGAAAAAUGAAAAAAAAAAGUUGAAUUUUAGGUAACAAAAACGAAGUUUAGGUAACCAAAGUUAUAUUUUUUCAAAUUUCAGACCCUCAAGGCUUCGCAACCUCCGUGACACGUUGAUAGUGGAAGCCGAGCGAACUCGAGCUUGUAUUCGAAUUGGUGGACCACGAAGUGAAUAUAAACAUAAGCCACUGAAUGCAGUGUUAAAGUCCUCGAAUACAGCUAAUGUCAAGGCUCCACUAGUGACUCACGAUAACAAAAUUGAAGUGUUGGAUACGGAUUCUAUCAGGGAACAUAAGGAUGAUGACGGUAAGGGUUUUUUCAUUUUGUAAGGGUAGGAUAGAUAGGGUAGGGUAGCUUAAGGUAAGCAGGGCAGAGUAAGGUCAAAUUUACCCGCCCAUUUUUUCAGAAAUCCUAAACCUGGGCGAGCUAGCCGAAGCCUCAUCCAAAUUCCAAGACUCAGUACCACUAAUCCCGAUGGGAGUAACUGGACUACCCACUGAACCUAGUCCAUCUCCAUCUACUCCACCAUGCCAGUUGGAAGAAAACUCAUGUGAAGAUGCGUUUGAAGCCAAAACGGUCUUCAUGACCACGAAACCAUUGGUCCAAACUACGCCAUCUUCAAGCGAAAAGGACGAAAUCAAGUCAGCUGUUGUUAAGAAGAUUGAAAAUCGACCGGUCGAGAGUGAAAAUGGACAAAAUCAAGCUGGAAAUGGAUCAGAAGGUGAAGAAAAUGUGGUCAUUGGUAAUGAAAAUCAACAAAAUGACAAAGAACAAGAAGAAAAGGAAGAAAUAAAAGAAGAAAAGAAAGAAAUAAAAGAAGAAAAGGAAGAAAUAAAAGAAGAACAGAAAGAAAUAGGAGAAGAAAAGGAAGAAAUAAAACAAGAAAAGGAAGAAUUAGAAGAAGCAAAGAAAGAAUUGAAUUCACAAAACCAAGAAACAAAGCAGCCAGUGCCGAUCGAAAAUGCCAAAUCCAUCAAUCAUCGACCAAUACCAACAAGACGACCAGUCGAAACAAUAGUCAAAACUAGUGCCAUUGUAACCUCGGUCAAGCCAACAAAUCGACCAUUCACCACAACUAGAGCUUUUACGACCAAAAAUGGUGCUGGAGCGACAACAUUGCUCACUACUAGAAAAUCUUUUGGACAAAAAAUUACAAAACGACCGGUCGAUCUUGGAAAUUUGGAAGAAACAACUCGUCAGCCGCGCAAUGAUUUUACCGGUCGAAACGAAUUCACUAAUCGACCGGUAAAUUCGAAUUUAGAUGGUGAAGGAUUGGCAAAUGAGCGUUUACAGAGUUGGAGGAUAGCACCAAGUACGACCAGAAGGCCUCCUACUCCGACUGGUCGACAAUAUAUUGCUUUAUCCACUGUUUCUGGACUGGAAGGGACAGAUUCACAAAACGAGUUGAGGGCAAGCACGGUGGGGCCAAAUGGCUCAAUAGGAUUGAGAAGUGGAACUGUAGGUCUAAGAGGCUUGGUAGAGCCACGAGGCACGGUAGAAUCAAGAACUACCACGAUAGCACCAAGGACCUCAACAAGAACCUCAAGAUUCCCCCGCCCCACAAACAUCACUCCUCCUCCAACCCUGCCAACCCUAUCACGGGCUGUAGAACGCUUCACAACCCGACAUAGCUUCAAUAAUGCCAUGUUGAUCAAGGAAGGUGACACAAUUUCCGUAGCCUGUCCUCAUGACAUCCUGAUCAUCGUCGACUCAUCCGGCUCGAUUCAGAAGACGUACGAUCAACAGAAGAAGUACUUUACCGAGAUUCUGUCUCAAAUGAAGGUCGGCCCCAACGCUCAUCGUGUAGCCAUGAUUCAGUUCGCUGGGGCCCGGAUUCAAAAGACGGAAUUCACGUUCGACAACGUGAACGACGGCCGUGAAAUGAUGGAGAACCUGAACCAAAUUCGACAUCUGACUGGUACCACCUACAUUGGUGCUGCUUUGUCUAGUGCACGUCAUCUGCUUGAGAAUCGACGUCGCAAUGUGCCGGCCAUCGUGAUACUGAGUUCGGAUGGCUACAGUCAGGACGAUGCGUUGGCGCCGGCUGAAAGAAUCCGUCAGUUAGAGAACGUUGAGUUCUACGCGGUUAGUAUGAGUGAUCACAGUAAUCGCGAGUACUUGAGCAGAGUUGUGGGGUCGGAGGAGCGAGUGUUCUUGAAUCAUGAUGAAGAUAAUUUGAAAGAGUUGGUGAGACGAAGAUUGAGCUGUAAAUGA